UCAGGUCUCUCCCCCGCCGUUUGUCGCCUGGAAACGAAAAUAUAAAAUAAAAACUAAACGCUGUCCAAGCUGAUAGUUCCAAGAAAUUUAUCCGGAUUUUAAAAUGGAACUGGAAGCAGGCGAACCUGUGGAGCCGCGCCCCGGCUGCGGCGCCUUCUUUGCCAAUCACUGGAAAGGCCUCCUCGUCUUUCUCAUGCCCAUUGUCUGUCUGCCCAUUAUUCUGCUAAACAAUACACCUGAAUAUCGUUGUAUGUACAUUCUGUUGAUCAUGGCUGUAUUCUGGGUGACGGAGGCACUGCCGCUGUAUGUGACCUCGAUGAUUCCCAUUGUAGCAUUUCCCACGAUGGGCAUUAUGGGCUCCGAAGAGACUUGUAUGACAUACUUUAAGGAUACGCUCGUGAUGUUUAUGGGCGGCAUUAUGGUGGCUUUGGCCGUGGAAUACAGCGGUCUGCAUAAGCGUCUGGCCUUGCGUGUCAUUCAAAUGGUGGGCUGCAGUCCUCGCCGUUUACACUUUGGCUUGAUCAUGGUCACGAUGUUUAUAUCCAUGUGGAUCUCAAACGCCGCCUGCACCGCCAUGAUGUGUCCCAUUAUCCAAGCUGUGCUGGAGGAGCUGCAAGCGCAAGGUGUCUGCAAGAUCUAUCAUGAGCCCGAAUACCAAGUGGUGGGCGGCAAGAACAAAAAGAAGAGUGAGGAUGACUUGCCUUAUCCCACGAAGGUCACUCAGUGCUACUAUUUGGGCAUUGCCUAUGCCUCCUCUUUGGGCGGCUGCGGCACCAUCAUUGGCACUGCCACCAAUUUGACUUUCAAGGGCAUCUACGACACGGCUUUCCCCAAUGCCACGGAGAAAAUGGAUUUCCCCACCUUUAUGUUCUACUCGGUGCCGUCUAUGCUGGUCUAUACGCUGCUGACCUAUGUCUUCCUGCAAUGGCAUUUCAUGGGUCUGUGGCGUCCCAAGAGCAAGGAGGCACAGGAGGUGCAAGUGGGCAAGGACAAUGCGCAUGUGGCCAAGAAGGUUAUUGAUCAGCGCUACAAGGAGCUGGGACCCAUGAACGCUCAUGAGAUUCAAGUCAUGCUUUUGUUUAUAACAAUGGUGCUCAUGUACUUCACACGCAAGCCUGGAAUCUUCACGGGCUGGGCAGAGCUGCUACCAGCCAAGGUCAUCAAGAACUCCAUGCCCACAAUAUUUGUGGUCAUCAUGUGCUUCAUAUUGCCCGCCAACUACGCAUUCCUGCGCUACUGCACGCGUCGCGGCACAGUGCCCCCCGGUCCAACUCCCUCACUCAUCACCUGGAAGUUCAUUCAGACGCGCGUGCCUUGGGGUCUGGUGUUCCUGCUGGGCGGCGGUUUCGCCUUGGCUGCUGGCAGCAAGCAAAGCGGCAUGGCCAGCAUGAUUGGCACCUCGCUCAGUCCAUUGAAAGUGCUGCCCAACUCGGCGCUGCUGCUGGUGGUCAUAUUGGUAGCUGUGUUCCUAACUGCGUUCAGCUCGAAUGUGGCUGUGGCCAACAUUCUCAUACCCGUGCUCAAUGAAAUGUCGCUGGCAUUGAAGAUACAUCCAUUGUAUUUGGUCUUUCCCGCUGGCCUGGCCUGCAGCAUGGCCUUCCAUUUGCCCGUGAGCACACCGCCGAAUGCCUUGGUCGCUGGCUAUGCCCAUAUACGCAGCAAGGACAUGGCCGUGGCGGGAAUUGGUCCAACGAUCAUUACUAUUAUAACGCUGUUUAUAUUCUGCCAAACCUGGGCUAUGGUCAUCUAUCCCAAUCUCGACACGUUCCCCGAGUGGGCGCAAAUCGCCGCCGAAGAGGCUGCCAACAAGACACGCAUGCUGGCCGCCAAGACGCUGCAAAUGGUGGCCAACAACACUGAAUUGAUAACUGACGUAGCUGCCAACAGCACAAAUGUCCUGGGCAAUCUGAUGGCCAACAACUCGCAGCCCUUGGCUCAAUUGGCCGUUAACGGCACGCGCCUGCUCAGCGACAUGGCCUUUAACAAAACUCUCUCUUAGUUAAUUAAGCUGUCUAGUCUUAAAGGAAGAGAACCCACAGCGCUUUAGCAAAAAUCUGUAUAAAACAAACAAACACACACACACACAAGAGAAAACUAAGUGCCUUUUGCUGAUAUGUUUAUAUAUGUAUAUGUGUAGUUAACUAAGUAGCAUAUUGUUGUUGAAAAUUACGCGAAUUUACAAUUUAUUUAUCUACAAGUACAGUAUAAACUGCAGCGUCACUCUUUAUUGUCAAACAGUUAACAGGAUCGGAUCAUUGAGGAUUGCGGAUUAAGGAGUAGGAGUAGGAGUAGGAGUAGGAGUAGGAGGAGGGGCAGCCAAAAUGCAUUUACGCAAAAGCCUUUCGGAAAUCUACAACAGUUACUAGAACUAACUCUACAUGUUCAACUAAAUGCCUUCAAAUGUUACUUAAUUGUUGCAUUUAGCGAAAUUUUAUUUUUUUUUAUAUCAA